UCAAUGGCUUGCACCAGCUGCAAUGCACAAACCAAACGCCUUCUAACCGACGGCUGGUCGAUGGAUCGUGUGUUGGCAUUUGCAUGUCACUUAGCUUUCUUCGUCCUAUCUUUCGCACCCCAGACCACCACACACAGCCAUGUAUUGCAGCGCGCUAUUGCAACCACCCGCCCAGAGUUCCCCUUCCCCCGGUGCACACGGACAUUCCCUCAUGUCUGUCUGUCUGUCUGUCAGUCAGCUUAGAUGCAUUGUCAUGCACUCCACAGGCGUAGACACAUACAGUCACAGGCGGAGGUAGGCAGGCAGGCAGGCAGGCCAGAAGAAAAUCACAGAUAGGUAUCGGGCAGACCCGGCGGCUGUUCAAGACGGACACACAUUCGCACACUUACUCACACAAACACAUCAGGGCAGCAUGACGAUAAACACACACACAGGCAGAGAGCCACAGCCACUUAGUCAUUACAGUCAGUCCAGCCACCGCACACACACUCACUUCAACAGACACACAGACACAUACAGACACACACACACACAGGGGCACCAGCAGUGUGCUGACAGAUCAGCUACACUGAGAUGACAGGCAGACAGACAGCGGCGCACAGAGGUCGGCACAAAUUAAUGGAAGGCACCCAUUUAUGUCAGUGCAGCACGAUAGAGGGCAAGGCACAUCUCCGUCUCUCCCUCCCCCCUGACUACUGCACCACACGCAGCACCUCUAUCUCGUCAGCAAUGAAGUCAAGCGACCCGCCCAACAGAGCAUCCUUCUCGUCAUCCCUCACUCCCGUGUAGCCCUCAGGCACAUAGCCGCUGAAGGUGUACUGAAAGCAGCUGCGGAUGUCGGCAGCAGGCUGGUCACUGGGGUAGCCAUCACCGAAAAUGAUAAAUCCACCGAUCACCAUAUUCGCACCCUCCGCAUUCCUUUCCCUCCCCGCCACCCACACAGACUGCUCCCAUUCGUCGAUCUCGAUCUUGGUCGGCUGAGGGAAGUGGCCGGCCAGUGAGAAAUACCAUACAUCACACCCGGGCAGUUCGCAUUCCUCGUAGCUUUCGCCAGUCGGGUCGUCGGGCAGCUGGAUGCCGUCACUGACGUAGGCGCCGAAGACAUACUUGUCCUUCUUGACCACAAACACGAGAGGCUUCGCGCCGCCCACAUUGUCCAGCAGAUCGCCAUAGGUGGUGCCGUGCACAGACGUCCUUCAACACACACACACGGAAUCUGCCCAUUAGCUGUCACACGGCCCCAGCUGAAGUGUGUGUGUACCGGUAGAGUGAGGUGAGUGGUGUGGUGUCAUUGCCCCCCAACAGCCCGACCAGCGCCUCAUACUCUGACGCAGACAGCGACGUGUUGCCAGGAGGGGACACCUGCAGGCCGCGCAAACGGACCUGAACACACGAGUCAGCCAUGGACACCAAAGCAUCAGAUGAGUGGGUGAAUAGGUCACGGUGUGUGUGUGUGUGUCACGUACCUCCUGUGCGGGUCUUGCCUCUGUGCCAACACAGGUCCCCACCGCACACAGAAUCAUCAUGAUAACAGCACUCCGCCAAGCAGCCAUCACGUGAAUGGGAGCAGAGAGAGAAGGGGACAGAGAGCCUUGUUGGUCAGAGGGAGGACGAGGCAGACAGACGCGAGAUGAGGUGAGAGGGACGAGGAAGCUGACAGAUUGCCUCUCGUCGGCUGAUAGAUCUCACCGGGUGCUACAAUGACAAUACUGAAUCCCGAUUGGAGAAGCCGCAAGCGUGGCACAGGAACAAAAGGAAAC